AUGGCUGUGCCUUUGAAGAAUAUUAUUGUUUUGGGUGGUUCCUACGUGGGACGGGCCACCGCUCAGGAGCUUGCCCGUGUACUUCCAGCGACCCAUCGAGUCGUUUUGAUUGAACCGCAUAGCCAUUUCCAUCAUCUCUUUGCGUUCCCACGGUUCGCUAUCGUCCCAGGCCAAGAACACAAAGCCUUCAUUCCAUACAGUGGCAUUUUCUCCUCGGUCCCUCGUUCCUCCUCCCAUGCCGUUGUUCAAGCCCGCGUGCUCUCGGUCUAUCCCAAGUUUGUGAAACUCGAUCGUCAAUGGCAGGAUUCGAGUGAAAUUCCAUAUGACUAUCUGGCUAUCGCAACGGGAACUCGUCUGGCUCAGCCGGCGGGUAUGAAGGAUGAUGAUAAAGUAUCAUCCAUUCAAUACCUGCAGAAACACCAGGCGGAUAUCAAGAAGGCCAAGUCCAUCUUGAUCGUUGGUGGCGGCGCUGUCGGGGUACAGAUGGCGACAGACCUCAAGGAGUUCUACCCGGAGAAGGAAGUCACACUCGUGCAGUCUCGGGCUCAUGUCAUGCCGCAAUUUCAUGAAAAACUACACGAAUUGAUCAAGAAACGGUUUGAUGAUUUAGGAGUUCGGCUGAUCACCAAUUCUCGUGUUACCAUUCCGCCCGGAGGAUUCCCCACGGACGGAACAUUUGAUGUGCAGCUCACCAACGGAUCCAAGGUGUCGACCGAAUUCAUUAUCCUGGCGACAGGGCAACGACCGAACAACGAUCUCUUGACAAGCCUGACCCCUUCCGCACCGGGGUCGUUGAUCAACCCACAGAAUGGGUUUGUGCGAGUACGACCAACUCUGCAACUGCAGGAUGAGCUUUACGGCAACAUCUUUGCCGUUGGGGACAUUGCCGAUACCGGAGCACAGAAGGCAGCGCGGCCAGGAUCCGUGCAAGCGGGUGUGGUGGCGCGAAACAUCCAGGCGUUGAUCGAGGGACGCGAUGCGCAGGAAACAUAUACACCACCGCUAGCCGGGAUUCAUCUGACACUGGGAAUUGUAGGUUUAGUGCAGUCCCACGGUUGUUUUUUUUUUUUGGUGCUGAACUCGUAUCAGAAAUUGAACGUCAUAUUCCGCAAUCCGAACCCGGCGGAAGGGCAAACCGAGCCUUGGAUCAACGAAAAGACCGAUGGACGUGAGGAUAUGGGAGUGGAAGGCUGGUGGCAGAGACUCGGGGUGGAGGUGGAAAAUCCUCGCUCGUAUCAUUUGUAG